UGACGCUUAUUCAAGUGCGCGGAACAGUGGGGGAUCGUCGCGUUUUCCACGGACGUGAUCAGAUAGGGUGGAGUUUUUGACGCGCGGUUGCGAGACAGCGAGUCAGUCAGUCGAGUUUAGUGCGUGCUCGAGAGCGAUAUCGACUGGUGACAAUUGAUAUAGAAGACGUGAUCUCGGACAAGCGAUGGCGGCCCUUAAGCGAAUCACCAGCCUGUCCCGGGCGCUCAUGACAAUGACAUCCGCGACGCGACCCUGCCUCGAGCGUGCCACGAGGAAGACUUUCUUCACAUAUGUGAACGAGCCCUCGAUGCCGAUCCCCGGGAAGGAGCCCUGCUGGUUGAAGACCGCCGAUGAAGCUAUCGAACAGGCUGAACUCGACUCAGAUCAGACAGUGUACGUCCAGGCCGCGGCGGCGACACCCGUUGAAUUAUUGAGAGCGAUGACCGACUAUGGGGUGCGCUGCGAUGUAAGAAACGUCCGUUUAUAUCACAUGCAUCUCGAGGGAGCGGCCCCAUUCGCAAAGCCAGAAAACGCAAAACACUUUAGAUCCAUCAGUUUGUUCAUCGGCUCCAAUGUGCGGCCCGCGGUAAACGCGGGUAUCGCCGACUGCAUUCCUAUUUUCUUACACGAGAUUCCUCGUCUUUUCAAGGAAGGCUAUCUAAAGCCUGACAUCGCGCUCAUCCACGUGUCCCCGCCGGAUGAGAAGGGUUACUGCUCCUUCGGCACCAGCGUGGACUGCGCUCGGUCCGCUGUGAGUCAUUCCAAACGUGUCGUAGCCUUAGUCAAUAAGCACAUGCCUAGAACCUUCGGUGACGCUAUCAUCCACGAAAGCCAUCUGGACUUUGCCGUGGAACACCACGUACCGCUGCCGGUUCAUCCGGUGACGGCGCCUUCCAAGGCCGAGCAGCUGAUCGGCAAGCAUAUCGCCGAGAAUCUCGUAGUGGACGGCGCCACGUUGCAGCUAGGUAUCGGCAGUAUACCCGAUGCUGUACUAUCGUUGCUGAGUAAUCACAAGGACCUGGGCAUCCACAGCGAGAUGUUUAGUGACGGCGUGGUGGAUCUUGUAAACAAGGGUUGCGUUACGAAUAAUCAGAAGACGAUGCACCGGGGCCGAAUUGUCGGUUCGUUUUGCGUAGGCUCGGAGAAGCUCUACGAUUUCAUGGACAAUAAUCCUUUCAUAGAGAUGUUGGUAGUAGAUUACGUCAACGAUCCCAGAAUAGUUGCCAAACAACCGAAGAUGACAGCCAUCAAUUCGUGUAUUGAGGUGGACAUCACCGGUCAGAUCUGUUCGGACAGUAUUGGAACGAGAAUGUAUUCUGGUUUCGGUGGACAACUAGAUUUCAUCAUGGGUGCCGCGAUGAGUGAAGAUCGUCAAGGAAAACCGAUCAUAGCGCUUCAAUCAGUCACCGCUAAAGGUCACAGCAAAAUACAACCAGUUUUAACAUCAGGUGCUGGAGUAGUCACCAACAGAGCAGUUGCACGAUACGUUGUGACGGAGCAGGGAAUCGCCAGCUUGUUUGGCAAGAGUCUUCAGCAACGAGCGUACGAGUUGAUUCAGGUAGCUCAUCCCGAUCACAGAGAGAUGCUCGAGAAGGCGGCGUUUGAACGCUUAAAAGUGAUGCCCGCGCCAUAAAUCGAAAAUCGUGAUACAGAACAUAUUAUAUUUAAUAGCAUUUUACACACUCGGUCACUCAUGUGCUUUAGUCGCGCAUAACGACCAAUCAUUAAAAUGUCGCGAAGUGUCUUCUUUUUGUACAAUAUUGUACAUGCUCUCUUAUCAGAAGACAAUUCGUCAGAAGACAAUUCAGUCUUCUAGAAUAAGGAAGAAAAAGGGAGAGAAAGUCAGAGAAAAAAAACACGCACUAGAUCGAAAAUUUAAUGCGCUAAUUGUAAUAUUAUAUAUAUAUAUAUAUAUAUAUAAGAAUCCGUAAUGCGAAAUCGUUUUCAUAUACAUAGAUAUUAAUUUAAGUCAUAUGUCUUUUAUAUUGUGAGAAGAGACGUGUUUGCGGCCUUGGAACACGACUCAAAAAAAUGGUGUCAUUACAAAUGUGAAAAAACACAUUUUUUAUAUUAAAUUUGUCAACGUUCCUUUGUAUAAUUUUCAUGUUACCAUUGUAAUAACAGAAACAAUAGUAAAGUAGGAAGAAAUAUAUAAAAUGAGAACA